AGCAAGCUGAAUACUUUGGUACAGAAGCUUCAUGACUUCCUGGCACACUCAUCAGAGGAAUCUGAAGAAACAAAUUCUCCUCCAAGAUCUGCAGUGAACCUAAGCACUGAUAAAACAAGUGGAUCUGGAACUCACUCAGAUAUGAUGGAAAACAGUAAGGAAGAGGUAACUAGCUCUUCAGAGAAAUCCAAAUCUUCAGGAUUGUCACGAUCAAAGAGGAAACCUUCUGUUGUAACAAAGUAUGUAGAAUCUGAUGAUGACAAACCUUUGGAUGAAACUGUAAAUGAAGAUGCUUCUAAUGAAAAUUCAGAAAAUGAUAUUAAUAUGCACAGUUUGCCAAAAGGUACAGUGAUUGUACAACCAGAGCCAGUGCUGAAUGAAGACAAAGAUGAUUUUAAAGGGCCUGAAUUUAGAAGCAGAAGUAAAAUGAAAACUGAAAAUCUCAAAAAACGCGGAGAAGAUGGGCUUCAUGGAAUUGUGAGCUGCACAGCUUGUGGACAACAGGUCAAUCAUUUCCAAAAAGAUUCCAUUUAUAGACAUCCUUCACUGCAAGUUCUUAUCUGUAAAAAUUGCUUUAAAUAUUACAUGAGUGAUGAUAUUAGCCGUGACUCAGAUGGAAUGGAUGAACAAUGUAGGUGGUGUGCUGAAGGUGGAAAUUUGAUUUGUUGUGACUUUUGCCAUAAUGCCUUCUGCAAAAAAUGUAUUUUGCGCAACCUUGGUCGAAAAGAGCUUUCUGCGAUAAUGGAUGAAAACAAUCAAUGGUAUUGCUACAUUUGUCAUCCAGAGCCUUUGUUGGACCUGGUCACUGCAUGCAACAGCGUAUUUGAGAAUUUAGAACAGUUGUUACAGCAAAAUAAGAAGAAGAUAAGAGUUGACAGUGAAAAGAGUAAUAAAGUUUAUGAACAUACACCCAGAUUUUCUCCAAAGAAAAAUAGUGCAAAUUGUAAUGGAGAAGAAAAGAAAUUAGAUGAUCCAUGUGCUGGUAGUAUAACCUACACUUAUUCAGCACUAAUUGUGCCUAAAGAGUUGAUUAAGAAGGCAAAAAAGUUGAUUGAGACCACAGCCAACAUGAAUUCCAGUUAUGUUAAGUUUUUGAAACAGUCAACAAAUAAUCCAGAAAUCAGUUCUGCUACAAAGUUACGUCAGCUUAAGGCUUUUAAAUCUGUGUUGGCUGAUAUUAAGAAGACUCAUCUUGCAUUAGAAGCAGAUUUGAAUUCAGAAAUCCAAACUUUGGAUGCUAUAAUCAAGGAGAAAAAUACCAAAGAACAUAAAGGUGUAGAUGUUAAAUCUGAAACAAAAGUGAAAAAGGGAGAAAAACCCUGUAUUUUGGAAAGGAAGGAUAUUUCAAAGCCUGAGUAUAAACAGUCAAGAAAACAGGUAGAUAGUGAGCAUGUGGAUCAGGAUUUUCUAACAGAGGAACAAAGAACAAAUAAAAGUACCUGUUUUGACCAUAAGAAAUGUAAUAGAAAAGAACCACGAUAUGAACCUGCUAACACUUCUGAAGACUUAGACUUGGAUAUUGUGUCUGUUCCUUCCUCAGUUCCUGAAGACAUUUUUGAGAACCUUGAAACUGCUAUGGAAGUUCAGGCUCCAGUUGAUUAUCAGGGAGAUGGCAUCAGUGGAACAGAACAAGAACUAGAAAGUUCUUCAGUAAAAUUAAAUAUUACUUCAAAAGACAACAGAGGAGGUAUUAAGUCAAAUACUUCAGCUAAAGUAACUAAAGAAUUAUAUGUUAAACUCACCCCAGUUUCCCUCUCUAAUUCGCCAGUUAAAGGUGCAGAUUGUCAGGAAGUUUCACAAGAUGGCUAUAAGUAUUCUGGUGUGAACCCAAAGUCAGAAAAUGGUGGACCUGCACAGGAAAGCAGAGAUGAUGAACAUUUGGUUGGAAAUGAAGGCCUUUUGCUUUUAGAAGAAUCUGAUCUUCGAAGAUCCCCACGUGUAAAGACUACUCCCUUGAGGAGGCAAACAGAAACCAACCCAGCAACAUCUAAUUCAGAUGAAGAAGCCAAUGAAACAGUUAAGGAGAAACAAAAAUUAUCAGUUACACCAAGAAAGAAGGAUAAGCGGAACUCUUCUGUCAGUGUUACGGAUAAUCCUAAACCUAAUGAAUUGCCUAAAUCUCAGCAGUCAGUUAUUUUGGAUCAAAAUUCAGACUCUGAAGAAAUGAUAACAAUCCUUAAAGAGGUAAGCAGGAUGAGUCACAGUUCUUCUUCAGAUACUGAUAUUAAUGACACUCAUGGAAACCACGAGAAAAUAUUAUAUAAUAUAAAGACUCACAUAGAGAAAGAUGAUAAAGGAAAAAGGAAACGAAAAAGUUCUUCUUCUGGUUCAGAUUUUGAUACUACAAAGGACAGAUCAGCUCAUAGCUCUGUCAUUUAUAAAAAGAAACGUCAAAAUCAGUCUGAAUCGUCUAAUUAUGAUUCAGAAUUAGAAAAAGAGAUAAAGAUCAUGAGUAAAAUUGGGGCUGCCAGAACAACCAAACAAAGAAUUCUAAAUAAAGAAAUUAACAAUUCUUCUGAAGAUGAAAAACAAAAUGAAAAAGGAAUGGCUGUUCAAAGGGAGAAAAAUUUGAAAACUGCAUGGGAAAAAUCAUCAGGAAAUGUUGAACAGAAAGAUGGGGAGAAUUUCUCUUCAGCUGAAUCAGGCACAGUUGAUGAAGAUAAAACUGUCAGGGAAUUAAGAGACAGGUUCUCUAAGAAACAACAGCCAAGUUUUUCUUCUGAUGGCAUGCAUAAACUGUCUUCAGGGAAAGAAGAGAGUUUUGAUUCUUCUGAUACAAUAAAAAGGGCUGACUUGAAAGAAAAGAGCAAGAAUUUAAAAGUUAAAAUGAUGUUUAAGAAAGGUCAGAGUAACAUAUCUGAAGUUGCUGAGAAAGUCCCAAAGAAACAACAGAGUGAUGAGUCCUCUGGAGAUGAGAAGAAUCAGGAUAAACAGCAAAUUAAAGAAAAAGAAAAUAAAGUUACAUACUUUAAGAAAAAAAUACUUAAGAUGGAACAGCAUUAUGAUUCAUCAUCUGAUGACAAUGAAAAAUUACCUGAAGGAGAAGAAAGUUUUCAUAUUCCUAAAGGUAUAAAAGAAAACAAGAAUGAGAAAAUGAAUGGAAAGAAGACAAGUAAUAAGACAAAGGAAAACGCUUCUAAAAAGAAUGAAUUUUCUGAUAAUGUUGAGAAGUUACCAGGAAAAGGAGAUAAUUGUGACUCAGAAGAUAAAAAGAGUAGUAGUGGAUUAUCUGGUAAAGAGAAAAAAAAAAGUAACUUGCCUGUAAAGAGUUCAAGGAAGGGACAAGAUUGCUCAUCAUCUGAUACUGACAAAUAUUCCAUGAGAGAAGACGGCUGUGUUUCCUCUGAUAAAAGGCAAAAAAGGCUAGAACUGAGAGAAAGAAGAAACUUUAGUUCAAAGAGAAAUACUAAGGAAAUUGAAAAUGAUUCAUCAUCAUCUGAUGCCGAGGAAGGUUUUUCGGAAGAAUAUAAAAAACAAAAGAAACAAAGACCUAUAGUUAAAAAGAAGACAAAUAGUGUCAAGGAAAACAAGAGAAAUUCCCAUCAAACAAGCACUAAGAGAAAGCAAGCUGAGAUUACCUCUUCAUCUUCUGAUUUAGGAGAUGAUGAUCAGAAUUCUGUAGGUGAUGGGAGCAGUGAUGAGCAGAAAAUUAAGCCUGUGACUGAAAAUUUAGUGCUAUCUUCACACACUGGAUUUUGCCAAUCUUCAGGAGAUGAAGCCUUAUCCAAAUCAACACCCCUCACUGUGGAUGAUGAUGAUGAUGACAAUGAUCCGGAGAAUAGAAUUGCGAAGAAGAUGCUUUUAGAAGAAAUUAAAGCCAAUCUUUCCUCUGAUGAAGAUGGAUCUUCAGAUGAAGACCCAGAAGAGGAGAAAAAAAGAACUAGAAAACAGAGUGAAACAAAUCUGGAAGAUGAGGAACCAAAACUUCAACUCAACUAUGAAUCAGAUUCAGAUUCUGAAGAAUCGAAGAAGCCAAGAUAUAGACAUAGGCUUUUGAGGCAUAAACUGACUGUAAGUGAUGGUGAAUCUGGAGAAGAAAAAAAUGUAAGGCCUAAAGAACAUAAGGAAACCAAAGGCAGAAAUAGGAGGAAGGUGAGCAGUGAUGAUUCAGAAGAUUCUGAUUUUCAGGAAUUAGGAGUUAGUGAAGAAGUUAGUGAAUCUGAAGAUGAACAGAGGCCCAGAACAAGAUCUGCAAAGAAAGCAGAGUUGGAAGAAAAUCAGCGGAGUUAUAAACAGAAAAAGAAAAGACGACGCAUUAAAGUUCAGGAAGAUUCAUCUAGUGAAAAUAAGAGCAAUUCUGGAGAAGAAGGAAAGGAAGAAAAAGAAGAUGAUGAUGAUGUUGAUGAUAAUGAUGAUGAUGAAAAUGAUGAUUCCAAGUCUCCUGGAAAAGGCAGAAAGAAAAUCCGAAAGAUUCUUAAAGAUGAUAAAUUACGAACAGAAACACAAAAUGCUCUUAAGGAAGAAGAAGAGAGGCGAAAACGGAUUGCUGAGAGAGAACGAGAGAGGGAGAAAUUGCGAGAGGUGAUAGAAAUUGAAGAUGCUUCGCCCACCAAGUGUCCAAUAACAACUAAAUUGGUUUUAGAUGAAGAUGAGGAAACAAAAGAACCUUUAGUUCAAGUUCAUAGAAAUAUGGUUAUCAAAUUGAAACCCCAUCAAGUGGAUGGUGUUCAGUUUAUGUGGGAUUGCUGCUGUGAGUCUGUUAAGAAAACCAAAAAAUCUCCAGGUUCAGGAUGCAUUCUUGCCCAUUGCAUGGGGCUCGGUAAGACUUUGCAGGUUGUAAGUUUUCUGCAUACUGUUCUUUUGUGUGAGAAAUUGGAUUUCAGCACUGCCUUAGUGGUUUGUCCUCUUAAUACUGCUUUGAAUUGGAUGAAUGAAUUUGAGAAAUGGCAAGAUGGAUUAAGUGAUGAUGAGAAGCUUGAGGUCUCUGAAUUAGCCACUGUGAAACGUCCUCAAGAGAGAAGCUACAUGCUACAGCGAUGGCAAGAAGAAGGUGGUGUCAUGAUUAUAGGGUAUGAAAUGUAUAGAAAUCUUGCUCAAGGAAGAAAUGUGAAAAGUAGAAAACUGAAAGAAAUCUUUAACAAAGCUUUGGUUGACCCAGGCCCGGACUUUGUAGUUUGUGAUGAAGGUCAUAUACUAAAAAAUGAAGCAUCUGCCGUUUCAAAAGCUAUGAAUUCUAUAAGAUCAAGAAGGCGGAUUAUUUUAACAGGAACACCACUUCAGAAUAACCUAAUUGAGUAUCAUUGUAUGGUUAAUUUUAUCAAGGAGAAUUUGCUUGGAUCCAUUAAGGAGUUCAGAAAUAGAUUUAUAAAUCCAAUCCAAAAUGGUCAAUGUGCAGAUUCUACCAUGGUAGAUGUCAGAGUGAUGAAAAAACGUGCUCACAUUCUCUAUGAGAUGUUAGCCGGAUGUGUUCAGAGGAAAGAUUAUACAGCAUUAACAAAGUUCUUGCCUCCAAAACAUGAGUAUGUGUUGGCUGUUAGAAUGACUCCAAUUCAGUGCAAGCUCUAUCAGUACUACUUAAAUCACUUAACAGGUGUAGGUAAUAGCAGUGAAGGUGGAAGAGGAAAGGCAGGUGCAAAACUUUUUCAAGAUUUUCAGAUGUUAAGUAGAAUCUGGACUCAUCCUUGGUGUUUGCAGCUAGACUAUAUUAGCAAAGAAAAUAAGGGAUAUUUUGAUGAAGACAGCAUGGAUGAGUUCAUAGCUUCAGAUUCUGAUGAAACCUCCAUGAGUUUAAGCUCCGAUGAUUACGCAAAAAAGAAAAAAACAAAGGGGAAAAGGGGAAGAAAAGAUAGUAGUUCAAGUGGAAGUGGCAGCGAUAAUGAUGUUGAAGUAAUUAAAGUCUGGAACUCAAGAUCUAGAGGAGGUGGUGAAGGAAAUCUUGAUGAAACAGGAAACAACCCCUCCGUUUCUUUAAAACUGGAAGAAAGUAAAGCUACUUGCUCUUCUAAUCCAAGCAGCCCAGCUCCAGACUGGUACAAAGAUUUUGUUACAGACGCUGAUGCCGAGGUUUUAGAGCAUUCUGGAAAAAUGGUACUUCUCUUUGAAAUUCUUCGAAUGGCAGAGGAAAUUGGGGAUAAAGUCCUUGUUUUCAGCCAAUCUCUCAUAUCUCUGGACUUGAUUGAAGAUUUUCUUGAGUUAGCUAGUCGAGAAAAAACAGAAGAUAAAGAUAAAUCUUUUAUAUAUAAAGGUGAAGGAAAGUGGCUCCGAAACAUUGACUAUUACCGUUUAGAUGGAUCUACAACUGCACAGUCAAGAAAGAAGUGGGCUGAAGAAUUCAAUGAUGAAACUAAUGUGAGAGGACGAUUAUUUAUCAUUUCCACUAAAGCAGGAUCUCUCGGGAUAAAUUUGGUAGCUGCUAAUAGAGUGAUUAUAUUUGAUGCUUCUUGGAAUCCAUCUUAUGACAUCCAGAGUAUAUUUAGAGUUUAUCGCUUUGGACAAACCAAACCUGUGUAUGUAUAUAGGUUCUUAGCUCAGGGAACCAUGGAAGAUAAGAUUUAUGAUCGGCAAGUAACUAAGCAAUCACUGUCUUUUCGAGUUGUUGACCAGCAACAGGUUGAACGUCAUUUUACCAUGAAUGAGCUUACUGAACUUUACACCUUUGAGCCAGAUUUAUUAGAUGACCCUAAUUCAGAAAAGAAGAAGAAAAGGGAUACUCCCAUGCUUCCAAAGGACACCAUACUUGCAGAACUUCUGCAAAUUCAUAAAGAACACAUUGUAGGAUACCAUGAACAUGAUUCUCUUUUGGAUCACAAAGAAGAAGAAGAAUUGACUGAAGAAGAACGAAAAGCAGCUUGGGCUGAGUAUGAAGCAGAGAAGAAGGGACUGACCAUGCGUUUCAAUAUGACAACUGGGACCAAUUUACCGCCUGUCAGUUUCAACUCUCAGACUCCUUAUAUUCCUUUCAAUUUGGGAGCCCUGUCUGCAAUGAGUAAUCAACAGCUGGAAGACCUUAUUAAUCAAGGAAGAGAAAAAGUUGUAGAGGCAACAAACAGUGUAACAGCAGUGAGAAUUCAGCCUCUUGAAGAUAUUAUUUCAGCUGUGUGGAAAGAAAACAUGAAUCUUUCAGAGGCCCAAGUUCAGGCUUUGGCAUUAAGUAGACAAGCCAGUCAGGAGCUUGAUGUGAAACGAAGAGAAGCAAUCUACAAUGACGUAUUGACUAAACAACAGAUGUUAAUCAGUUGUGUUCAGCGGAUACUUAUGAACAGAAGACUCCAGCAACAGUAUAAUCAGCAGCAACAGCAACAAAUGACUUACCAACAAGCAACACUUGGCCACCUCAUGAUGCCAAAGCCUCCAAAUUUAAUCAUGAAUCCUUCUAACUACCAGCAAAUUGAUAUGAGAGGAAUGUAUCAAUCAGUGGCUGGUGGUAUGCAGCCACCUCCAUUACAGCGUGCUCCCCCCCCAAUGAGAAGCAAAAAUCCAGGACCUUCCCAAGGGAAAUCAAUAUGAUUUUGCACUGAAUGCUUAAAAGAUUGUUAAUCAUAGAUCUUUUAUUUUUUUAGGAAUCAAUGACUUAACAGAACUCAACUGUAUAAAUAGUUUGGUCCCCUUCUACCAAUCUUCAAUAUUAGUUAAAAUUUUUUUUUCCACAGGGCAUACCCAUUUCUCCCUGACAUUUGUCAGUGAUGUUGCCUAGAAUCUUCUUACACCCAUUGAGUACAGAAGAUAUUUCAAAUUGUUUUCAGUGAAAACAAGUUCUUCCAUAAUAGUAAUAACUCCACAGGUUUCCUCUCUAAACUUUUAUGCCUGCUUUAACAACCACAAAAUUAAUAAAAAUAAUACAGAUUUGUAUAUUCUGUCUUUACAAAUGAAAACACACAGCUGAGUUCUUAGAGUUGAUUCCUCAAGUUAUGAAAUACUUUUAUACUUAAUCCAUUUCUUGAUUAAAGUGAUUGAUUCUCUUCUUAAUGUUCUUUUGACUG